AUGGCGGAUCCAAAUACUGCAGCCGGCGCAAUGGCUGCAGACUCGCUCACCCCAGAGGAAGGCCUGCGGAACCUUGUGCUGGAUGACGUGACCGGCGAGCAAGUCACCAAGACCGAGCUCAAGAAGAGAAACAAGAUGCGCGAAAGAGAGGCCAAGAAGGCAGAAAAGGCCGCGGCAGCUCCGCCGAAGCCUCAAAAGAAGACCGCAGAGCCUGACGAGAAAGAGCUGAACCCAAACCAAUUCUUUGAGAUGAGAACCCGCGAUGUUGUGCGAUAUCUUGAGAAGCCCGAGACAAACCCAUUCCCACAUAAGUUCAACGUAACGAUCGAGGUUCCCGAUUUCGUGGAAAAGUACAAGGAUUUGAAGCCUGGCGAAGAGUUGAAGGAGGUAGAAGUGCAAGUCGCUGGAAGGGUAUACACAACGCGGUCCUCGGGGAAGAACCUGCUUUUCUACGUUGUCAAGGGGAAGGACAACGCAAAGGUGCAGAUAAUGUGCCAGUCACAGCAAGCUCAAGGCCACCUCUCGUUUGAGCAGCAGCACGAGAGACUGCGGAGAGGCGACGUGAUAGGUGUUAUCGGCCAUCCCGGCCGGACGAACCCGAAGAGUGGGGGUGGAGGGGAGGUCAGUGUAUUCGCCAGAGAGGUUCAGCUACUGGCUCCGAAUUUCCACCUGCUACCUAGCGAUUACUAUGGUUUCACGGACCCUGAGCAGCGCUUCCGCCAACGAUACCUGGAUUUCCUCAUGAACGAAAAGCCGCACGAGAUUAUAAAGACAAGAGCUAAAAUAAUCCGCUACGUCCGAAACUUCCUAGAUGACCGAGAUUUCCUAGAGGUCCAGACACCCAUGAUGAGCUCGGUUGCUGGCGGUGCAACAGCCAAGCCCUUCAAGACGUAUCACAACGCUCUAGACAGGGAGCUCUAUCUGCGGGUCGCGCCAGAGCUCGAGCUGAAGAAGCUCAUUGUAGGAGGGUUCAACCGGGUCUACGAGAUAGGGCAGCAAUUCCGCAACGAGGACAUCGACCUGACACACAACCCCGAAUUUACAACGUGCGAGUUUUAUCAGGCGUAUGCCGAUAUGUACGAUCUGAUGACCAUGACCGAAGAGCUGGUAUCCGGCAUGGUCAAGCACAUAACCGGUUCUUACAAGACGACGUACCAUACGCAGCACGGCGAUACAUACGACAUCAACUGGGAGGCGCCGUGGAAGAGGAUCGAGAUGAUGCCGGCGCUAGAAGAGGCGACCGGCGAGAAGUUCCCGCCAAGCGACCAGCUACAUACGGACGAGACGAAUGCAUUCCUCAAGAAAGUCCUGGAAAAGGUGAAGGUCGAGUGCCCUCCGCCGAUGACGAACGCGCGCAUGCUGGACAAGCUUGUGGGCGAAUUCAUUGAGGAGACCUGCAUCAAUCCGACCUUCAUCAUGGAGCACCCGCAGAUGAUGUCCCCACUCGCCAAGUACCACCGCAGCAAGCCGGGAUUAUGCGAGAGGUUCGAGGCGUUUGUCUGCAAGAAGGAGAUCGUAAACGCGUACACCGAGUUGAACAAUCCGCUGGAUCAACGCAUGCGCUUCGAGGAGCAGGCAAGGCAGAAGGCAGCGGGCGAUGAGGAGGCUAUGUUCAUGGACGAGGGUUUCAUCAGGGCUAUGGAGCACGGGCUGCCGCCCACGGGUGGGUUUGGCUGCGGCAUUGACCGGCUGGUGAUGUUCAUCACGGAUAAUUACAGCAUUAAGGAGGUCUUGACGUUCCCGAUGAUGAAGGACGUUAAAGGUCAGGAAAUGCCGAAGGCGGCGGAGUUGGCGGGCGUGCAGCCGAUGCCUGAGGAGGGUAUACCGCAUAAGUAG